CGUCUGUACCAUACCACCGUGGAUUCGGACGCCGUGGCCGACGACUGUUGCCUCGGCUCGUGGUCAGGCGGCAAACGCGAUGAGUCGUUCGGGCCCUCCGGUCUGGGACUCUGCGCCGGCCAGACGGGCGGUGAGCGCACCUGUCUCUGGGCGACGGUCGCAUGCGCUCUGGGCGCUCUGCUUUUAGUCGCCGGCCUCCUCUUCACUCUGCUGCAUCACGUCGUCGGCGUCCUCCUUUUGCCCAGCAGCGGGGAUCGCGGCGCCAGCCUUGGUCCGGGUCUCAUCACCGCUGGGGGGCUCCUCGUGGCGCUCGGCGUCGGCUUGACCUGCAUGGCCCGGCGCCAGGCAGCUGCGGCUCUCCAGGCCCUUAGGAGAGACGAGGCUGUACGCCAAAGACAAGCGAUACGCGCAUACCAGGCAUAA